AUGAGGAAGAAGAGGAAGAAGAAGAAGAAGAAGAAGAAGAAGAAGAAGAAGAAGAAGGAGGAGGAGGAGGAGGAGGAGGAGGAGGAGGAGGAGGAGGAGGAGCAGGAGCAGGAGCAGGAUAAGGAGCAGCAGCAGGAGGAGCAGCAGUAGCAGUAGUAACUACGGCCUGUGUUCUAAAAUCAGCUUGAUGACAUCUUUUUCUCCCCUGGGGAAACUGAAUGCACGGACUCCAAUCUUGAAAAGUGGUUUGGGUCAGAAGUCUACGGUGGGAACAAGCGAGGAUACAGAAACAAAUGAAUCCUUCCAUUAGAAUGCUCACAACCCCACAAAAUCUAGUUUACAUAUUCGCAAUAACUAAUAAAAACCAAAAUAUGUCCCUUUCUACAAGGACUCUAAUCGCAGCAUUAUUACUCCUUACGAUAUGGAACAAGCGUAAACUGUCCUACAGAAAAUAGCACUUAUCGGUUGCCUAGAGUAUAAACCAUCAAACGUGAGUCCUGCAAGUAGGUCUUAUUCUGCUGGAAAUCGAGUCGCGCAUCGAACAGUAGGCGUCAGUUAUGGCAUACUCUGAAAGCACUAGUCCAAGGGUGAGGUGGGGUUUUCGGAGUGCCGUUGGGUACGCGAACCGUCGGACGUUCAGAACGCCGUCUUCAGCUGGGUUUUCCUGGUAAGUGGUCCGUGAUGCAUUAUAAGACUGUCACCUUUAAUUGCACAUAGAGGGUCAGUUAACUGCUCUAAAUCUUGGAAGACGAAGAUGUGAUCGCUGGAAUAAGAAGUUUCUUGGCCGACAUUUCGGAUUCUCACUCGAAUCCAUCAUCAGACAUAGUCGCAGAUAGGGGUAAUGGUUGCACAAGGAGUGCAGUAUUUAUAGUACGUGGCAGCCGUGGGACCAUAUGCGUACUAUAAUUAACGGCUCUCGCAAUCAUCGCUGGGUUCGUAAUUGAUGCGACGGUGGCUUGUCAGUUCGAGUCAGAGCCGUUAAUGCCCAUGAUUUCGUCAUCCGUGCUGGUUGCUGGUGUGACGACUGCUCGGCAAACUGGCUCACUGUCACUGUGAUAAUUGCUCGCCCGCGCCCUCCCCACGUGACUGAUUCUCCUGCCCAGGGAAAAUCUCAGCACGGAAUAUGGUACCAGGAGGUCAUUGUGCUUUUUGAUGGAUUGCGGGCCUGAGAACCAUGACUCGAGCAGGUCGCGGCUCCCGCGUUUAUCACCCCUUGCGAGGAUUUCGGCCUCUUGAAAUUUGAAAAUAUGGCCGGGUCCCGUCGACUGUGCCGCCACCUGAGAGUUGGCGUCUCCCCGCCUCACUGCUGCUGCGUGCUCGGCAAGUCGCGUACGGAGUAAUCUCCCAGUUUCUCCGACAUAAUUGCUUUGUCCGCAACUACACCAGAUCCGGUAAACGACUCCAGACGUUUCCUGCCGUGGCAGCGGGUCUUUUGGCCUCAUUACUUGGCGACUAAUGGUUGCUUCCGGCCUGUGUGCAACCCCAACUCCAAGUGGAGUGAGAAGACGACUGACGGCUUCCGAGACGUUCUUCACGUAGGGAACGCCAAUGGGUUCGCCGAUAUCGGGACUCAUAGCCGAGGCGGUCCUUCAACGGCUGUAUUCGCUGGUUUUCCGACACCACAGACCGAAAUUCUGGGCUCGGUAUGUGGAUGACACCGUCGUCAUCGAACGGGAUCAGGUGCUGACUUUCAAAGAACAACUCAACGCCGUCUUCCCGGACAUUCAAUUUACGAUGGAGGAGGAGGAAAACAAUCAGCUGGCCUUCCUGGAUGUCCUCGUCUGA